CUCUUCUUCUUCUGAGUUUGAUCAAUAGAUAACAGAUGACUAUGAAAUAAUGGGGAGAGAAGAACAAAUUGCAGUCAAUUUAUUUCUUAACAAUAAUCGUCUUAUUCACCAGUUCACUCAAGAAAAUAAUCACGUAAGUUAUCGAGGUUCCAUUGCUAGUAAUGCAGUUAUUUAUUGGGAUAGAAAAGACACUCAUCCUAAUUUAUAAAAUGACUAUUUUUCUAACACUCCUGUCUAUGGUGAACGAGAGUUCCAUCGUCGAUUUCGAAUGUUCUGGAGGUUAUUUCUUCAUAUUGUCGAUGAUGUAAAACAACAUGAUAUAUACUCUA